GGCCCCGCCCCCACCCCGCCUCCCAAGCUGACCCGCGGGCUUGAGUGGGAGAAGCCGCCUGCACACACGAAGGCACACUCCUACUCUGGCUCCCCUUUCCCGCUGCCAUGGGACCCUGCACCGCUCUCCUUGUCUUGCUCCUGUUGUCCUGGGCAGGACCCCUUCAGGGACAGCAGCACCACCUCAUGGAGUACAUGGAGCGCAGACUAGCCGCCUUAGAGGAACGGCUGGCCCAGUGCCAGGACCAGAGCAGUCGCCAUGCUGCUGAGCUGCGGGACUUCAAGAACAAGAUGCUGCCACUGCUGGAGGUGGCUGAGAAGGAGCGGGAGACCCUCAGAACCGAGGCUGACACCAUCGCGGGGAGAGUGGACCGUCUAGAGCGGGAGGUGGACUAUCUGGAGACCCAGAACCCAGCUCUACCCUGUGUAGAAGUUGAUGAGAAGGUGACUGGAGGCCCUGGGACCAAAGGCAAAGGCAGAAGAAAUGAGAAGUAUGACAUGGUGACAGACUGUGGCUACACAAUCUCUCAGGUGAGAUCAAUGAAGAUCCUGAAGCGGUUUGGUGGCCCAGCUGGUCUGUGGACCAAGGAUCCAUUGGGGCCAACAGAGAAGAUCUUCGUGUUGGAUGGGACACAGAAUGAUACAGCCUUCGUCUUCCCACGGCUGCGUGACUUCACCCUUGCCAUGGCUGCCCGGAAGGCUUCCAGAAUCCGGGUGCCCUUCCCCUGGGUAGGCACAGGGCAGCUGGUAUAUGGCGGCUUUCUUUAUUAUGCCCGGAGGCCUCCUGGAGGACCUGGAGGGGGUGGUGAUUUGGAGACCACUUUGCAGCUCAUCAAAUUCCACCUGGCCAACCGAACAGUGGUGGACAGUUCCGUAUUCCCUGCGGAGGGUCUGAUCCCCCCCUACGGGCUGACAUCAGACACGUACAUCGACCUGGCCGCUGACGAGGAGGGCCUUUGGGCGGUCUAUGCCACUCGGGAGGAUGACAGGCACUUGUGUCUGGCCAAGUUAGACCCCCAGACACUGGACACAGAGCAGCAGUGGGACACCCCAUGUCCCAGAGAGAAUGCUGAGGCUGCCUUCGUCAUCUGUGGGACCCUGUAUGUCGUCUACAACACGCGCCCGGCCAGUCGGGCCCGCGUCCAGUGCUCCUUUGAUGCCAGCGGCACCCUGACCCCUGAAAGGGCAGCGCUCCCGUAUUUCCCACGCCGAUAUGGUGCCCAUGCCAGCCUCCGUUAUAACCCGCGCGAGCGCCAGCUCUAUGCCUGGGAUGAUGGCUACCAGAUUGUCUAUAAGCUGGAGAUGAGGAAGAAAGAGGAAGAAGUUUGAGGAGGUAGCCUUGGGUUUUGAAUCUCUCUCACACCCAUACAUUUAUAUCCCUAAUUUCCUGCUCCUCAUUCUCCACACGUGGGCAAGUUGUGGUUCAAAUCCCAUAUUUUUAGCGAAUGGAAGCCAAAUUCUCACGGCCCUUCAUUUCAUAUGGGACACUGGAUCUUGAGUUAUCCUUUUAGAGCUAAGAGAGAAAACCCUGAAAGUUCACUCCUUCUCCUGCCCCAGGCCAACACACUUCAGGCCAGUCAAAGACAACCCAGGCCCACAGCUCUGACCAUGGCAUGGGGGCAACCCCACGGAACAGGCAACAGAGUAUUUCUUGUGUCAGUUUGAAUCAGGGGAGAGAAGAGUAAGAGAAGGAGACUUUCAACUCUGACCCCCUUCUCCCUUUAGUGCCCUCAAGAAUGGGACUUUUUGCACCUCAUUUUGUAUUGCAACAUGUUGCAUUAAAAAGAAAAUCCACCGCUC